GUCUGGUGUUUGGGUGUUCUUGGAAGUAAAGAUAGUACUAAGAACUUGUUACCAUCUCAUCUUACACACUCUCUUCCCAACAUUUACAAUCUCCUCCAAAUCACCUCACUCACAGCACAAGACCUUAUGGAAUUCCUGGAAAAGAACGAACUACAACUGACUUUAUUGGACAAAGCUUUGACCAUGUCCAGAACCAGUGGGUUUCUCUGCACCUUAGUCCUGCAGAAUGUUAUGUCAUACUUAAUAAAGAAAGAGAUUGAUGUAGACUGUGGUKUAAUACUGGCAACACUACAAGAAUCUUUAUCACUGGAGAUGUCUGAAUCAGUAUUGCAGAGUAUUACUACUGUGAUACCAUUUGCCGAUAAUAUAUAUGAUGUAAAAGUGAUCACUGAAAAUAACAUUAGACUAUUGGGACAGGAAUUGCAAAUACAAGAGUUCGCAGCUGUGUUUUCAGUCCUURCUGCCUGCCUGGAAAAAUGGUCACUGUUGACAGACAAGAGAGAAGAAGCAGUAAUGGAAUAUCAACUGACUUUUACAGAAGUACUUGAUGGCAUGCUGGAGUGGAAGAAUAGGAAUGAUAGAAUAUUGCUACUUAAUGCAAAUAUAAAAGAUGCUACUAUGGCAGAGGUGACUGUGAAUACUGCCAUUAUGAAGAUAAUUAGACUUGCCAUCACAGAUGUUGCAAAGUUAUUGAGCUCAAAUGUGUGGGAUUUCAUUCUGUGUGGAUUGGCUGGAUGGCUACAGACUUGUGAAGAAAACCUGUCGACAGUCAGUASGUCACUAUCAAGUACAAUCCUGUGCAGCCAAACCUGCUCUCUUCACUCAAACGUGUCAGGGUUUUUUGAAACAUUCCCAGACAAACCAUCAAGUGAAGAGACCAAGGAUCAAAAUACAGAGACAACGGCAGCUGAGGGUGAUGAWAUGACACCUGAUGGGGAGUUUCCYGCUGAUCUGUUCAGCGAAUGGAAGGAAUUCUUCAGUGUCAAUCUGCACAGCACUGUCCUUUCUUYGUUCUUUACCAUGGCAGGGAAAUACAAUAAUAGUAGUUUCCACAUCACCCUACCUGUCAUCAGAACAUGUGAGAGCCUUGGCMAAGCUGUCAUCAACACACCUAUCAAGAUAUUACAAGAACACAAGUAUGUGUUACCAGCUGGCUCUUCUGAGGAGGAUGAUACAUUGCCGCAGUGGGCUCAGGACMUGCUUUCUUGCUUGCUCCCUUUGUUAGAAUGUGAGGUACUUUCUUUACAGAUUGCAGCUUAUAAACUGUUGGCAAAGAUAAUGCCAACCCUUCCUUCUUGUCACAAACAUGAGUCAAGCAGCAAAGAAGAGCAAAAUGAAAUUGAAAGGUCUCCACCAUCACAGUUAAUGAACACCAUYAACACCAGCUUAUCACACCUGGAUACAAUCAUGAAGGACGCCGCUGUACCUUUUGGUGGUCAGCUGUGCUUAGCAACCGACAUAGAAGCUCGGCGAAUAAGCCUUACAUUACUUCUGUCCUCAAGACUCCUCAUCCUGUUCUUCAAAAGUGCAAGCUUUGAAAACAGAUCAGAAUACGCUGUUUACUUAAGAAAAACAAAGCUCAUUGACAGUCUUAUGAGCACGCUUUAUCGCUUGAUGCCUCUGGACUGUAAGACUGUAGUCACCGAUGACUAUGAUGUAUCAGUUGAUGAUUGUGUUACAGAGAGUUUGGUGCAGGAUCUUGGGAGGUGUGUGUAUUAUAGUGUAUUGCACUGGAUGCCUGCGAUGGUGCGGCAGUGGUUUAAUGCCUUGGAAAAGAAAUAUGCUACUGUAGUAGACAGGUACACAUCAUCAGCUGUCACACCGUCACUAUGCCAACGGGAAAUGCAACAAGUAAAAAAUUCAUCAGUCCAGUUCACUAACAUGCAAGUCAAGACWCGCCCUGUGGCAGGUGAGGUGGCGGCAGUCUACACCAUAGACGAGAUCUCCAUGGAACUUGUCGUCAAAAUUCCUAAUAAUCACCCCUUGGGGGUGGUGAYGGUCGACAGCGGGAAGAAAGUUGGAGUGACUAAUUCACAAUGGAGGAGUUGGAUACUACAGAUGACGACGUUUCUUACUCAUCAG